AUGGAACAGAACCUACAUGACGUAGACGCCAUUUUCGAUGCUCUGAUCAUAGGAAUACCUCAAAUGAACUUAUUGGUGAAAGCGUUAAAUAUUUACUUACAAGGAUCGAAAAUUCAUAAAUUGAAUGAGCUGUUGAAAGAUCCUAUUUUUGCGAUGCACAGCAAUAAAGACGAAAAAAUAUUGCUAAAAAGUAAAAUGACAACGGACCGUCUGUUUAGGUAUAUAGUAAUAACUUGUACGGUCACUGCGACCAUGUUUUUAGCAUUAUUGUUCAUCAAGAGAUAUUAUGAUCCCACCUCAAGACUCUCUGUAUACACGCCGUUCGAAGUUAAUUCUUGGGGCAGUUACUCAGGGGCGGUGUUCUUGAAGGCUUACCCUUUAUUCUGGAUGGGUUGUGGUCACCUAUGCUUGGACUACACCGUAGUGCUGUACUUCUGUCAAAUGAAAGUUCAGCUGGAGAUCAUCAAGAGCAAUAUAGAAAAUCUGUUUGACUCAGACGACCCGACGAACGAAUUGAUUCCUAGAGGUCGCCACCGAUACAAUGACGAAAUUGACCAAGAUAUUAAGGACCGCUUCAUUCAUUACGUUAAGAGAUAUGAAAACCUGCUUUGGUUUUCACGCGAGGUCAACUCCAUUUUCAAUAUUCCGAUUUCAAUAAAUUUUUUGACGUCGAUGGUUGCUACCUGUGCGGCGACAUACAUUUUUAGUACGGUUAAAAUACUGUCAUUCCAGGGCUUAUUCAUGCUGCUGUUAAUAAUGAUUUUAUCAGCGCAAGUGUUUUUUAUUUGUUACUUUGGCAACUUGGUGCAGUUUGAGAGUGAGUCAUUAGCGUCGGCAGUGUACCUGAGUAACUGGUACUCAGCGUCGCCUCGGUUUCGUCGCAUCCUGCUCAUCGCCAUGCUGUGCUGGUCGCGUCCUCUCUCUCUCACAGUCUCUGGCGUCGUACCGAUCUCUUUGGACACCUUCGUCUCGUAUGUGAAAUCGGCUUACACUUUGUAUGCAGUGAACAGCAGCAUGGUGGACAGCAAGCAACAAUAA